AUGAGUCUCAACACGCUUGUCGGCCACCACCUCCUGGGUGCUGCGGUGACUCACACACUGCUGCCGGAGACUGGUUACGCCGCCACCCGCCUGGGCCGCAAAAUCCGUUUCUCCAUCGUGGCCCUUAUCAUAUCGGCCCUCCUGUGGAGGGAGCUGCCGGAUGACAGCGAGACCCUGUACGGCAUGGUCGGCCUUCCUACGAACGCAACGCAAUACAACAUCGUCACCCAGCACUCGAAAAUCAAGGCCGAGAUGCAGGACAACGCGUCCAUGGAGAACGCUGACAAGAUCAAGGAGGCCUUCCAGAUCUUGAUGAACGAGGAGAAGCGUCGCGGGUACGACAGAUUUGGCGAUGUGCAAUCAUCCCUCUUUGCCGAUGCUGACCUCCACGUGGUGGCCACCGUUCUGUCCCUGGCCUUCCAUGCGCUCUCCUGCAUCAUGUGCAUCGCCUUCUUCAGCUCCAAUCAGUUUGCACUGAGCCGUUACUUUAUGUUCUUGUAUAGUGCGAUUGCGUUCGCACUCGAGAUGGAGUGCCGUUUCGUCAAGAACAGCAGCUUCUUCAAAAACAUCUACUACGUCAACGAGCUGCUGCCGUUCCAGCAGGUGGCCUUGAUGCGCCGCAUCGCACCGUCUGUUGCGCUGCUGCUCAACCUGGUCUGUGCCUACUUCUUCGUGGACAUGGACAAGUUCCACCUCUUCCUGUGGCACUCGGCUGUCUCCACAAAUAGGGCUAUCAUCGAGAAGAUGACCGACGUGGUCGACGCAACAAACUACGUGAGGACGCUGCCAAGUCACUCUACUGCCGGAUUGAGGACGCCAACGUCUCCCGCGCAAAAGGUAAUGUGGCACUUCACUGCGCAAGUGCCACAUGAUGCAAUUGUUGACACUCCGCAGGCCGGGGGCAGCGACGAGGAGGGUAAGAGCGAGGGCGGGAAAUCUUCCGGCAGCUCUUCUAAGAGCGCGAAUGCCGUGAAGGAGAUUCUGGACUCAAUGAACGAGGUUGAGCGUCAGAAAAUCGCCGAACUUCUCAAAAUAACGAGCUCCAACAGGCGACCUGCCAACAACUGGUACUCAGUGAUGCAGUCUUCAGCUGUGCUCGUGGGGAUAUUUUUGGUUGUGAAGUACUGCUUCGGCUGA